CACCUCGGCAGUGAGGGGGAGAGAGGGAGAAGGAGGACGGACAGCCACCAGCCGCCUUCAAAAAUGGCGUCUCCGGAGGAAAAUGAGAAAAAAUAUUAAAACGCGGCCUGCUCCUUCGCGCUUUCUCACUGGGGUUUUGUAUUUGUGUUCUUUUACUGUCACCCACAUGCGGUUAAGCACGUCGUCGCUUUUACUUGCAGUGCCCGCAGAGGUUAUCGAUACGAGGAGCGUGGAAUAAAAGCAACUCUGUUUUAUUUUGAUGCGUCGUCGCUGACAGCUAGCAUCUGCUAGCCUACAGCUCCGCUCCAGCAGCAGCAGCAGGAGGAGGAGGAGGGGGUGUGUGGGAACGAUUGUGCGUGAAAGUGGGGAGGAAAAAAAGAAGAGAUUUUCCUCCCCCGAUUUUUUUUUUUUUCGUGGAUUAUCUUCGACUACCUGUGGGGAAAUGAUUGGUACUAACGUGGCCCGACGAUCUUUUUCGCGCUAGCCGUAUAGCAUAACCAGGCUAAAGAAAAGGGGAGGAGAGCGACGGCGAAAAAAAAAAAGGACGCAUUCAAAUCAAAUGUUUAUCAGCAAUUCAUCCAUCGCCGGCGAAAACGGCGGCAUCCUCAUCAUGACCGUGAGUGAUUUCGGAGGAAAUCUGCAUUCGUGGAAAUGAUACAUGGGAAAGGACUAGGAAAAGGAGAAAGACUGUUUUUUUGGAGGUGGUUAGGAUUAUAGCCCCGUAGACCCCCCUCUUUUUUUCAUCCAGCUUUCUCCUCCUCCCCUCCAUUUCUCUUUCAAUAUGCUGUUUUCCACUCCGGACGACUUGCUUAUGAAAUAGUCUGGGAAAAAAAGGAAAAUCGGGAAAGACUGGAUUCUCUGUUUUUUUCGAUAUCUGAUCUGCGUCGUUCUCGUUUGCUUUGCACACAUUGUUCAGCACAUAGAUGGAUAGAAAUUACCCAGGAACCGGAUUUGGAGAUUUGGGCGCAGGAGCAGGAUGGAGUUACGAGAGAUCGGCAAAAGCAAGUCUUGUAUAUGGGAGUUCCAGAUCAUCCCACCCUGACUCUGAGCUCCUUCACCGACAAGCCUACGCCACCCCACACCCUCUGCAGGGCUAUGCCACCAAUCACCACCCAGGGAGCUCUGGCCAAGGCGGGGCUUGGGGAGCAGCUGGACGAAGUUUGGGUCUGUCGGGGCUGUUUGACACUGGCCUGCACCAUGCUAGCCCCUCUGGCCCUGACGCCUCUGUCAUGAAUUUGAUCUCAGCAUUGGAGUCCCGGGGUCCCCAGCCUCCUCCCUCUGCCUCCUCCCUGCUUUCUCAGUUCCGCACGCCAUCCUGGCAGACAGCGAUGCACACGCCUGCUCCUCCUGAACUGUUCAUCUCCGGAGCCCUUCCUGGCUCUGGUUCCUUCCCCUCCUCUUCAGCUCUCUCAGCCUACCAGCACCCAGCAUCCUUCUCUAGCCGCUCUUUCCCUGCCACCCCCCUUUCCCUUCAGGACACACCCACAUUUAGUCCCACUUCCAAUGGUUUACUCUCUUCACAUGACCCUCUGCUGCAUAUAAAGGCUCCUUCCCAGUCCAGCCUGGGUUUUGAUAGACUCCUGUCCUCACAGGGUGCUGCUGCAGCUGCCUAUAGGGGCAGCCAGGAUCCCACGGGUGCCACAUCUGCCCAGGCGUCCUCUGCCAGGCACUUGCAGUCACACCAGUUCAACCUGCUAUCAUCACAACUGCAGGAUCAGUCCUCCCAGCUGUACAAUGCCUCAGUUUUCUCCUCUGCUCAGCCCCAGACUCAGUCACAGACGCAGUCAAAUUCGGCUCAGGAGCGGGCUGUACCCCGGCAGGACAGUGUCAUCAAGCAUUACCAGCGGCCCUCGCCAGCUCAGUCACAGCUCUCGUCCUCUGCUGCCCAUACCCUCCAGCACUACCUCAGCUGUGGAGGGGCAGGGUACCAGCAGAUUGCCACUCACCACAGACACACUGGUCUUUCUUGCAGCCCUUUGGGUGAUCAGAGUCCAUCGUCUGAUCACAAGCCAACCACUCGCACUGAGCAAUAUCGGCCAAUCAUUCAGCCUCCCUAUUCCUCCUCCUCCUCUUCUUCUUCUUCUUCAGCUGGAAAAGGUACCAAAAGCAGCUCUAGUAGUGGAUAUUCUUCAGCCAGCUCGGCGUCAUCCUCAAGAACUCCUCACACACCUCCUUCUGCCUCUUCCACCUCCUCUUCUUCCUCUUCUUCUUCUGCCAAUUCUGGGGCUCAUCCCUCCAAUUCAAUCCCCACAUCCAGCUCUAGUGCAGCUCCUUCCAGGCAGCAGCCACCCCCUCAGUCAGCUCCUCCUCCACCCACCCCUCAGCAACAGCAGCCCCCUCCCACUUCCACCUCUGCUGCCCAGUCUCUCCCCAAAUCCUGCCUCUCAGGCUAUGGUUCUCCUGUGCCUCCAGUGAAGACCCCCACCACUGCUCUUACUGGUCAGACUCCACCCCAGCAGCAGCAGACACAGUCAUACUCCCCCAAUCAUCCUCCUACUACCCACCUGGCCCAGUCCUUUGGAGGAUUCAGCUCCCCACAAGCCCAAGAUCUCAGUUCUGGUGCUGGUGGGAAAGGUUAUGGAAGUUUAGGAGGGAGAAGUCAGUCAUAUCCUACAGACAUAUAUGGCACUGACUCUGCUUAUGGACCACUUCCAUCUUCUCUAGGUGGUGCUGGAAGCCCUUCACUGGGCUAUGGUGCUCCAGGCCACUCCCCAGCCCUUUUACGUUCAAGUGGCUCAGCAGGUAGUGGAGCAUCUGGCGGAAGCAGUAAUGGCACUGGAAAUGGGAACUCUGGGUCAGGAGGCGCGACAGGAAGCAGUAUGACAAAUGAGGGAAGCGGGGGAGGAUCUUAUCAUAUUCCAGAUUCUAGUCCUUCCCCUUCUGGCAACUCUGGCAUCAUUCGUCCAGGGUUGCACUCACCAGUACCUGCCUGCCCAACACAGUCUCCAGGAGGUGCUGGCUCGAAUAAAUACAUGUCUUCAGUUCUUUCUCCCACCUUUUUAGCAUCCCCGCAGGGCUACCCUGAUACUAGAGGCCCAAGCUCACAGCCUCAGUCUUACCAUUCCACCUCCUCCAAAACAAAGACGGACACUUCCAUGCUUGGAGUGGGCUCUCAGAGAUCCCAAGACGAAGUAGAUGAUGAUGAAGAGUUUCUGAUUCAGCACCUUUUGCAAGCGCAAGCUAGCCCUGCACCCCAAGCUUCCCAUCACCACCCCCAACAACAGCCACAACAGGGUUCCCAACAAACACAGCCUCAACCCCAAUCAGUGCCUCCAACCACUGAUUCAGGUAAAGGCCUGUCAUAUGACAUGAGUAAGACUUCUGAAGAGCGGUACCACCCCCAGAGUGUCAUACGCACUCAUAGUGCCACAGCCACUGCUGGAGUUGCUAAUGCAGGAUCUGGAGGGACCAUCUCAGGCCUGGACAACCAGUUGGAAAUUUCACUAAAGAAACAGCAACAGCACCAACAACACCACCAUCAGCAACAAAGAAAUGAGAGGUCUGUUGGAAGCAGUAGAAGCAGUGGAGGGAGAGGCAGCGCUGAACAAGUCCAUUCCCACCUCCAUCACCAUGAUAACCUUGGCUCUGUAGUACACUAUGGCCGGGGUGACCCGUACACCCAACACUCCCUUGCUCCCCAACACGCAUCGCAUAGUCAGCAUGUGUCAUCACACUCACAGAUGCCAUCUCAUACUCAAAUGGAGCUCCAGAAGAAGUCCCAAGAGCGUUCAGAUAUUGCUUACCCUCGGAAAACACCUGAAAUCCAACAACAGCAUUCCCAGUCUCAAAGUGCUGCCACCCUCAUGGAUUCCCCCACCGAUCAGUCCCGUCAGCCGCAACAUCUGCUUCAGUCUGUACUAUCGCACACCACGCGUAACAAACUGGAACCUCACCAACAGCACCAUAAAAUGGAUUCUCACCAACAUCAACCGCAGCACCACAAAAUGGACUCUCACCAACAACAUCCACAACAGCAUCAUAAAAUGGAGUCUCAUAGGCAACAUCCACAGCAUCACAAAAUGGAUUCGCACCAACCCCAUCAGCAGCACCCAAAAAUGGACUCCCAUCCUCAGCAUCAGCAGCACCACAAAAUUGAUUCUCAUCCUCAACAUCAACAGCACCAUAAGAUGGACUCUCAUCCCCCACCUCAACAGCACUCUAUUAGCCAACAGCAAGCAGUCAUGGAAAGUACAAGUGGCAGACUUGGCUCAAGUAAACAUCAGGCUCAAUCUCAAUCCACUCAACUCCAACUUCAGCUUCAGUCACAGGCUUUGGAAGUGGCAGCCGCACACUACAACCACGGUCCACCUCCGCAUCAGCAUGAGCAGAGCCAGGUUAAACCAAGCUCGGUAGUCUCUUCCUUGGACAUGCUGGAGCGUUCACUCUCUCAGACCUCCAGCACAGAUGUAGCUGUGGCAGAGGAGAGACGAGGCGCAGGAGGCAACGGAGGCAGGAGCGGAAGUACUAGUGACCGCCACAGACAACAGGAGCAGCAACAGAGGCAGCAUCCAUCCCAUCACCAACCACAGCAAACGCAUCACUCACAGCAGCAUUCUGCCUCUGAACUGCAUUCGUUCCUUUCUGAGCCUGACAUUGGCUUGUCUACCCCAUCUCACAUGCACCAUCUCUCACAGCACCACCCCCAGCAGCACUCCAGCUCACAACACCAACAGCCUCAUUCUCACCACCCUCACUCUCAGCCACAGCCUCCUCAUCCUCACCAUAUACCGCCUCCUCCUGCCUCAGCCCACUCCCAGCCUCAGUCUGACCCACAGCAGCCACUCUCGUCACAACUCGCGGCUCAGCAAGGGCAGUUGGACCAACAACGCUCGGAUCAGCACCAGUUUGACACCGUCAGUCCAGUGGAGAAGGCAGACCAAAAUCAACAAAGUAACCGCUUUGUACCCUUGACUUCCAUCUGCUUCCCAGACUCCCUUCUUCAGGAUGAGGAUCGCUCUUUUUUUCCAGGAAUGGAAGACAUGUUUUGUGCUGAAGACUAUAAGUCAAGCUGCGCUGGAGGUGCAGGACCAGGGCAGGAGGAAAUUAAUGAUAGCCACCCAGGUCAAGAAGGAAUGGAUUCCUUGAAAACUGGGCAAAGUGGAGGUGGAGCAGGAGGAAGUGGUGGACCUACUUAUGAUAUUAUGGGCCACCAUGGUGGAGAUCAGGGCUAUGAAUCAUAUUGUCAUGGUCUAGAAGAACCCACUAACAACACAAUGACUCUGGACCUAGAUUCUCUUAAAACUCAUGAGCUCCCGUCAACUGUCAACACUGAACAGCUUGGGUUGAUUCAGUCCCAGGCUCCUGCUAUGGGUAUGAGCGCAAAUAAUACUGGGCCCAACAAUCCAGGAGCUAAACUACCCACUGGACCGGGAGGAACUGGCACAGGAACAGGCUCUGGAGGUCUGCAGUCUCCUAUUUUCUGCUCUUCCCGUCCUAAGAAGCUUCUCAAGUCCAGUUCUUUCCACCUGCUAAAGGAGCGCCGGGACCCAAACACACUUCCUAAGAAAAGCUAUGCUCAAGAAUAUGAAUUUGAAGAUGACGAGGAUAAAGCAGACCAACCAGCUGACAUUCGGUUGAACAGCCGAAGGCUCCCUGACCUAUUGCCAGACCUGGUAUCCAGCUGCAGAAAGGGAGGUGGAGGAAGUGGAAGUGGAUCACUCAGCCCUUUAAUGGGUGACAUUGACUUCUACCACUCAUCUGGCUACUCAUCUAUUGGAUCACACUCUCUUCUGCCUCAAGAUGGCCCCAAGAAAAGAGGGAGGAAGCCCACGAGGCCCAAGAGAGAGGGCCCACCAAGGCCAAGAGGACGGCCUCGUAUUCGCCCGAUGCCAGAACCUUACACACCACGAGGAAUGAUGGGGGAAAUGGGUGGAGCAAACCUCGGCAGUGUAGGGGGAUUUAGUGUGGAGGGGAGAGGAAGGGGCAGAGGUCGUGGAAGCAGAGGAAGAGGAGGAAGGAGGGAGGAUAUGUUCAUGGAAAUGAGUGGAAAGGAGCAAGAACAGAUGCACCACCAUCACCUCCAUCAGCAACAACAGCUCCAUCACCAACCUCAGCAGCAACAUGAGCCAAUUCCACCCCUGAAGAUAAAGUUACCAAUUGGUAGCCUGUCCUCGUCGGAUUCCUUGCUGAGGACAGACUCUCUGUCUGGCACAGACCCUGCUUUGUCGGAUGGCUCGGUGGGUUCAGCCCCCUCACUUGGUUUGAGUCCUGGGCCUCCAUGUAGCACUGACAGCACCAGAAGUCAGGAAAAGAACAAGCAGAAAAGCCAGAUGAUGAUUGAAGGAGUGGAUGAAGAAGGCUUGGAGGAAAGGGGUGAUGAGAAGGACUCUGAGUCCAAGGCAGGCUUUGUGGCUUCAUUCUUGGAUUUCCUCAAGACAGGGAAAAGGCCUCCAGGCUUGGACAUUUCACCAGGAAUAGAACCCGACAACGGUGAAACGUCCCCUUGUAAAUCUGGGGGUCUGCGCCCUUUAUCUCCUGCACCUCCUCCACCUCCGCCGCCACCUCCUUUUGGUGACAGUGAAGGGAAUGGGGCACUGGCCCUGGGCACCUGUCCCAGCCCUAAGCGCUUGGAAGAUGAGCUGAAGAGGAACCUGGAGACCUUGCCUUCCUUCUCCUCUGAUGAGGAGGACUCGGUCGGAAAGAACCAGGAUCUUCAGAAGAGCAUUUCGUCUGCCAUUUCUGCUUUGUAUGAUACUCCUCAGUUGGCCUCGACCCUCCAGCCCACAUUACCUCCUCCGCCUCCCCAGCCACAGUCUACACAGGGGCCCCUUACCCCCACAAUGCAACCCCCCACACUUAGCCCACAGACCACCAUGCACACCUCCCAUACCCAGCCCCAGUCCAAUGAACCUGACAUCCUUCAGCCAGAAGAUGGAGACAUGGAUGAGGACAAGGAAGAAGAGAAUGAGAUGGAGAGGAGCAUGGGAGGAGAAGAAGAGAGUGAUAUGACAGAAGACAGAGAACCACAGCUGGAAACCCUGGGUGCUCCAAAGCUGGAAGCAUCUCUCCCUGAGGUUCCUCUGGCAUCAGUAUCCCCGGAGCCUCCUUCUGUUCCCCCAUCUCCGGCCUCAUCGUCCACGCCCUCUCACUCCCCUCUCCCUCCCCUUUCCCUCCCCUCACCUAUACCUCCUCCAGAGGAAGAACAACAGGAGAAUUUGCAGACUGAAAGCCCCGUGCCUCCCUCGUCUCCCUCUCCACCACCGCCACCCAUUGCUUCUCUUCCUCAGCCUUCUACUCCUACUCCAUCCUCACCUCUGUCCUCACCUCCUCCUCCAUCUUCAGUACAGAAAGAGUCUCCUGUGCCCUCUCCAGAAACUCCCGCUUCUCCCGAAGAGCCUCCAGCUCCUAAGAUCACCUCCCUGCACCUAGCCCAGAAGCAGGAAGACGCUGCCAUUGUAGGAGAGAGUGAAGAGGAUGAAAGCGAGAGUGGUGGGGAAGGUAUCUUCAGAGAAAGGGAUGAGUUUGUAGUUCGGGUGGAAGACAUUCGGACUCUGAAGCUGGCUUUGCAGACGGGCCGCGAGCCUCCACCCAUCUGGAGGGUGCAAAAAGCCCUCCUGCAGAAGUUCAGUCCAGAGAUCAAAGAUGGGCAGAGGCAGUUUUGUGCCACAAGCAAUUAUCUUGGCUACUUUGGAGAUGCUAAGAAGCGUUACCAGCGGAUCUACGUCAAAUUUCUGGAGAACGUGAACAAGAAAGACUAUGUUCGAGUUUGUUCUCGAAGACCCUGGCGCAGAGCGGCACCUGCUCUCAGACGCCAGACAAUCCCAAGAAUGGCUUCCCCUCCUGCUGCUCAGAUGCCAGCAAGAGUAGUUGAGAAAGAGGAACGGGUUGCUCCGCCCAUCCAACGUGAACAGAGAGAGAAGUCGAGAGCAGCAACCACAACAGCGGCAAAAGAACGGGAAAAGAAAGAGGUCCCAGCUGCUCUCCCAAAGGCCAAAGAGAAGGAGCUUGAGAAGGAGAAGCGUGUUCAGCCACACCAGGAGAAACCGGAGAAACGCACCGCAGAACGAGGAAAGGUGAAGGAGGAGAAGAAAGCAGUGGAAAGGAAGGAAAAGGUUGAGCGCCCACCGAAGUCCAAAGUGGCUAAGGUGAAGGCGGAGCCACCGCCCAAGAAGAGGAAGAAGUGGCUAAAGGAAGUACCUUCAUCGUCAGAGUCAGACUCGUCUGAUGAAGCCACUAGCGAGAAUGAAAUGCCAGUGAAAGGUGGCAUGAACAACCGUGCCAUGAGAGAGAUGUUCAGGAGCUAUGUGGAGAUGCUCGUCAGCACAGCUCUGGAUCCUGACAUGAUCCAAGCCCUGGAGGACACAGACGAUGAGCUGUACCUCCCUCCGAUGAGGAAGAUUGACAGCAUCCUCAGCGAACAGAAGAGGAGGUUGCUGAGGAGAGUCAGCAUGAGCUCUCAGCACCAGGAGGCCCUGCAUGCUUACCCCCAAAUCAUUGUAGACCCCCUGGACUCGGGAGUGGUGAGGCUGCGGCUCAGCGGGGAUGCUUACAAUCGCAAGACCCUCAACAGAGUCAAGAAAACCCUUCCUAAACCACAGGACCUUAAACUGUCAUCUGAGUCGUACCAGAUUUACAGCCUGUACCACUCCUUACAUCAUUAUAAAUACCACACCUUCUUACAGUGCAAGAAAGAGACUAACACCAUUGAACAGGCGGCUGAGGACCCAGGCCAAGAAGAAGUGGUGCAGCAGUGCAUGGCAAACCAGAGCUGGCUCGAGACGCUCUUCGGCUCCUUCAUCGAGCUGCUCACACUCGGCACCAAAGCCUGAGUCACCUGCACACAGAAUGAAUGGAGAGUUUGGAAAAAAAACAGAUGGACCCUACUGUACAGUCCCUCAGCCCUGCCUAUGAUCUGAGGAUGGAAUUUUUAGCCCGUUGAUGAACAAAAGGAGGCUUGUUCACACGACCUCAGACUCUGGCCUCGUCUAACCCCCUUUGUUGAUAAAUGACUCAAGAAAUGUCUUACUUUGUGAGAAGGAAUACCCCAUGGAUCAGGGGUCACACACGGUCAAGAUGGACCUGAUCGUUGCCGAAAAGGGAGAAAGGUGUUGUGCAAAAGACAAAGCGGAGGAGCUGUAACCCCAAGUCAAAGGAGGAGCCAUUGACAUGUUGUUAACCGCUUCACAAAGACAGUAAUUGAAAGGAGGUGAAAAAAAAAGCUAUUACUGCUUAGUUUUUACAUAAAUUAUUUUUUGAAAAGACUAACAUUGGCUGUUGGCUUUUGAAGAGUGGGAGAUGGUGAGAAUGCUUUUUAGUCUGUGUGUGCUGUGAGCUCAUCCACGAGGAGAAACAUGAAACAUGUUAAGAGAUGCUCUUUCUCAUCCCGCGCUACGCGGAGGGCAGCACUAGUCAGCUGUUAUAAUAUAUAAACACAUUUUUAUUAUUUAUAUGAGGAGGUUUUUAACUUAAACUCUCACAGGUGCCGGGUGGCUGCCCGUGCAUUUUAAAUGGGUUUUUAUUUACCACAGGUUCAGUAUACAAUCCUUAACCCACAUAUCCAAGCUGUCUUCCCCUCUCUACAAAAGAACAGACUUCGAGACAGGAAUAUUGUAUCAAAUACAGUGGGUGUAGAAAUGGUUAAAAAAAAAAGAAGAAAAAAAAUGUGGUAUCUAUUUGAAACUUAACAUUGUUGUGCUUCAGUUCAAUCAUCAGUCAUGCAGGUGCAAAGAAAAAUAAGUAGCCACUUCCCAUAAGGGAGGAUGGAGUAUAAAUAAUAUUUAAAGAGGAAA